CCACCUCCAUCUUGAGAUCAGAGCAUUGUUGAGGGUGUUUGGGUGUAAUUGAUUCGCCAUUUUUCAAAAAUGACCGACCAGCUUUGUAAACUUUUCGUCGGUGGGCUCAACGUGGACACCGACGACGAUGGCCUGCGCAAGCAUUUUGAGCAGUACGGCACGCUCACUGACUGCGUUGUCGUCGUGAACAAGCAGCUCCAGCGAUCCCGCUGCUUCGGCUUUGUAACCUACUCCACGCCGGAGGAGGCCGACGCGGCAAUGGCGGCUAGGCCGCACACCGUCGACGGCAACGCGGUCGAAGUGAAGCGAGCCGUGGCAAGAGAAGACGCAAACAAGCCCGAGGCCCUCGCUAAGGUGAAGAAAAUCUUCGUUGGCGGUCUAAAAGACGACAUCGAAGAGCAGCAUCUCACCGAAUACUUCUCCCAGUACGGGCAGGUCGAGAAGUCCGAAGUGAUCUCAGAGAAGGAGACCGGAAAGAAAAGAGGCUUCGGCUUUGUGUACUUCACCGAUCACGACGCGGCCGAUAAGGCCGUUGUCGUGAAAUUUCACACCGUCAAAGGACACAAAGUUGAGGUAAAGAAAGCCCUGACCAAACAGGAGAUGCAAGCAGCCAACAGAACCUCUAUGACGCCGAGAGGUAGAGGCGGUAGAGGCAUGAGAGGAAAUCAAAAUGGCUACGGCGGCAGGGAUUAUGGCGGAAACUACAACUACGGUAAUGGCGGAGGCUACAACUGUGGCGGCUACGGAGGUUACGGCAGCGGACCAUAUGGGGGUGGCUAUGGCGAUCAGGGAAGUGGCUAUGGCGGUGGCAACGGCUACAAUGAGUUUGGCAGCGGCUAUGGCCAGCAUCCUUCUGGCUAUGGCCCCAUGAAAGGGCCACCUUUCGGCGGCCAGAGGAGCGCAGCUCCCUACACCAGAGGCGGCGGCGGUGGCGGCUACCCAAGGGGGGGCUACGGCGGCGGCGGCUAUUAAAUGAAACUGCAUGACGGAAAGCAACCCCCACCAUUUUCCCACAAAUUGCCCUCUCCCCUCAGCCCGGAAUUGGACGCCAAAAGUCAAAGCCAGUAACGGGGCGUCUGCCGUGAAAUCCAACCAUGGCAGAGAUACGGACACAAAGACCCCCCAAAUCAUUACGAAGACCUCCAGACCCAAACAGGUAGGAAGGUCACUUCCCAGAACACCUGAUUAUAACGAGAAGCGGUUGUUGCCGUUCAACUAGGACACAUUAAGACGAAGAAUAACAUCGCUUUUUAUUAUGUACUAGUUGUCGUCUAGAGUUGAAUUUAUUUUUUAUUUGCGUUCACUCGUUGUUUUUGGAUUUUUUCGAUGUAGGAUUGUUUUGCUGACAAGUUCUGAUUUAUUUUUAAUAUUUGCAUUUUAAAGCAGUUCGUUUUCGAUUUUGUUUUUUCUGCAGAAAACUUAGUGUGACUUUUCAAUGUAUGAGGAUGAGAAAGCAUGUUCAUGGUUUUUCAUAGCUAUGUCAUUAUUGAUAACGGACAUAUGUAUUAUUUACUUAUUGGGUCAUUCAGCAAAGGCGGGACGGGAUGCAGGACCACUGUUUCCUUCUCCCUUAUUGUACCAAACCUCUCAGCCAGUCUCAGUCUAAAUAUUGUUCAUGUUUCCUUUACCUGUAGCAAUAUCUAAUGUAUAUUGUAUACUUUCAUGUCUGGAGAACAAAACCUACUGUUAAAAAAACAAUUUGCUAUGCUCAUGUAUGUUCAUUUUAAAUAAAACGUUAUACCACUUA